AUGACCCGCGACAAGGUGAAGGUGAACAUGCCAGCACGGGCUAAAAAGACCCAAAUCGCGACCGCGAGCGAGCCGGACCCGACUUCACGACUCGAUCUAACGGGAUCCGCUCUCGCGCGCCGGGAACCGGCGAAUGAUCUUGCACCUGGCUCGCUUGUCUCUGCCCAUCAGAGGCGACUGCUCCAGACUUCCAUGGCUCGUAUUCUGGCCAUUCCGGCCCAGUCCGUGCGUCGCUACGCGCAUUGGGCAGGAAUCUGA